UCAAGCCUGUACAUUAUAGCUCAACCGAAGCACAACUCCAUAUAAUACGUUUCUUUCUUAGUGUUCAAGUCAAUGUGUUCAUCGUCAGCACCGGCGCAUGGCCAUCACGGCUGAUUAAGCGCAAGCAUGAGAAUCCCUUCCGCUCCACGAAACACCCGACAAUGGCUGACAAACUUCACUCUAGACCGCUGCUUGCUGAUGCGGAUCAAGGCCUGGUCCCCUCGCCAAAUUGCCAUGGUGGUGCUAGACCCGGUGUUUGCAACCUGUUAUCGGUUAGUAGUGCCGACGAAGCCUGGGAACAAUCCUUCAUGGGCCUUCUCUGGCAUUGUGACGGGGGUAACAAAGCUACUGUCCUACGUCACCAUCUCGCCUGGAGUAUGUGAUAUUCGUCCGAAAAUGCGAUCGUCUUAAGUUGUGCAACUGGAGCAAAAUCACGUGCCGAACUUUCUGUACGGAAGUCCGUCGUAGAAUCGAAGGUAA